CAAAUAUCUCAGUAAUUACUGAGAAAAAUUAAAAAGUAAUUAGAUAUUUGAAAUCUACGCAUCUGAAAACAUGCAUGAGAAGUUCAAAAAUGAAUAAAGUGGAAAUUCUCGCGAAAUAAAUCGUUUAUCAGUGUCGCGAAUUGUGCUCUCUGUUUACAAUGAUAAAAACCACAAUUCCUAACACUGUACUUCUUUCAUUUGUCGAGUUCGGAACUAAUUACAAUAAUUGAUGCCUGAUGGAUUAAUUAUUACACAUUAAUGUGAUUGCGUGCGUAUCCUUUAUAUUGUUCGAAACGUGAAAACGUAUAUGUUGUGCAGAGUGAAUACUUGUACUCUGACUCGUAGAUCUGGAUCUCGUAGUAAAAAGUUACAGAAAGUGGAUGUGUUUGAUUAUGACACGUUCGCCACCGCUGCUGUAACGGAACUCACAAAAGCGGAAGGAUUAACUUGGACUGAGAACGUAAAUCAAAUUGUAAGGAGCCUUAAGACCCCCAUUGAUAAGGUCUACACGCGUGUGUCAGCGCUUGUAAAAAAGAAAAAAGAUAAAGAAGAAGCCAGAGUACAGUUAAAGAUAUCGAGGCCAGCAGUCAAAAGGCCGAAAGCGGAAGCGUCUUCAGAUGAGAGCUCUGAUAGCUCAGCUAUGUCGACGUCCUCAGCGGACAGCUUUAUAGAAGGUGGCUGUGAAACUUUAAAAGCUGGUUUGGAUGUAAUCGAUGAACGAAAAGAUAAUAACGAUGGAUAUUUCACCGACGAAGAUAGAGAACAAUUGAUUGAAGUGAUACGUGGAUUUUUCGGUAACGGCGAAUACUUUGAGUUAGCGGAUAGAAAACCAGUAUUGGCAGCAUUGGUGGCUGCGUUUCCCGAUUUAAAAGAUCAGCUGAUCCAAUGUUUACUCCAUGUACCCAAAUAAGUUGAAAAGGAGAAAUGAAUAAUUCAUUUUUGUAAAUCAAUAAAUUUAGAUUAUA